UCCAUACCCCGUGCGCGAGAGACAUCAUUGUUUUGAUUUUGGUCGUCUGCAACGUCGAGGUUACCGUGCUCGGGAGACAUGACUGAUGGAUUCGUUUUCCGCGCUUGAACUAUCGUUUCUGAUGAUGCUCAGUGAAUUCCACCUGGUGUAAAAAUCCGGCCAUGUGAUGUGUGCACUAAUGUUUAUGUUUAAAUUUGAUGUGUGGUGAGUACAACAUCAGAUCAAAGAAAACCAUAACCUCGAAACCACGCGGCAAAGAGCCGCCAUGUACAAUCUGCCGGUGUCAAUUAAAAGGCAUAUAAUAUGGGAGUUGCCGUGACGGAGUAUGGCCAUGACGAGUGUACCGACACCAAAGAGCCGACCGAAUUCGAGAAGGUUCGCCACUUUUUCUUCGCAUCGGAAUGGAAUGCUAUGUCUUUCUACGAUAAAUGGAGCUUCGUAAAAAUCGUGAAAGACCUGAAACGAAUGAAGAAAGCAGGUUUGUCACUGCAGCUGCUAGGCCGGUUCAUUCUCAGGUUGGAAUUUCCACAAUGGAUGGACCAGUGGAAAUUGGAUCUUAGACUGGAUGAUGAAUGGAAUUGGAUUCCAAGCCUUUUUCUGCACGACGAUAUUGAGAUAAAAGACGCGUUCGAUCAGGCUGCUGACUUCCUCUGUGACGAGAAAGCAGUGUCAGCGCCUGCAAUGUCUCCAAAUCAUCUUGCUGCAUGGUCCCCUAUCAAAACGAGAAGGGGGGCUUCCCUCGCGCCGCCUCCAGACUUGAAGCUGGCAGUUUCAGUCCCAGAUGCUCUUCACCAAGGCCCACUCGAUAUUCAAACUUCAAGCAGUGAUGUAUCGAUUGAACACGACUGCGAGGGCUGUGACGGCGAGUGGAGGGGCGAGGAGGGCUGCCCACUGCACGGCCCGCUGCAGAUGGUCCUCGACACCGAGGUGCCGCUGGGCCAGCCGGACCGCGCGCUGCGCACGCUGCCGCCCCAGCUGGCCGUGCUGCCCAGCAAGAUCCCCGGCGCGGGGCUGGGCGUGUGCAGCACGGAGGAUUUGCCGGCCAUGCUGCGCUUCGGGCCGUACGAGGGCGAGGUGACCGCCAAAGACCAGCAGUCGGGCUACGCCUGGAACAUCGUGGUGCCCGGCGGCCCGGACCACUUCCUCGACGGCGAGGACGUGACCAAGUCCAACUGGAUGCGGUACGUCAACUGCGCGCGCAACAUCGGGGAGCAGAACCUGCACGCGUUCCAGCACGCCGGGUGCGUGUACUACCGCACCGUGCGCCCCGUGCCGGCGCACACCGAGCUGCUGGUGUGGUACGGCGACUCGUACGCCCAGGACCUCGGCAUCGACUCGGCCAGACCGAAGCCGCCUUCCCCGGCGGAGGAGGCCCCUGGCGCCCCCGGCCACUGCGAUGACUCCGCAGACGGAACCCUUCGCACUGUCGGCCACUGCGAGGGCUUCGGGGACGCGAACCUCGGUUCUGACGGCCGGAGCCGGAUCUCCCGGGCGUUGAAGAGGCGCCACUCGCAUUGCGUCUCGCGGCCUCCAUCGCCGCCUGAGACGGCCCUGAAGAGGGCCAAGUACAGCGAGUCCACGCAGCUGCCGUGCUCCGCCAAGUCCGCGGCCCCCCAGCCGCCGAGGCAGCUACGCUCGGGGCGCGUCUCGGUGCCCACCAAGCGGCUUCAGGUCGGCCACCAGAAGAAGAUAAAGACGCCCAGCUGCCGGACGUGCUACGCGGCCUUCCGCAGCCUGAGGGCCCUGCGCGCCCACGAGCGCGGCCACCCCACCUUCUGCCGCGUCUGCGAGGCCCACUUCGAGGACGGCGCCGCGUUCAAGCGCCACCUGCGGGUGCAUCCCGACGCCGCCGAGUUCAAGUGCGAGGACUGCGACACACCCUUCAAGUCGCAGGACGGCCUCCGGAGCCAUCGCUGCAGGCACAUCCUCCUCAAGAAGUACCACGGCUCCUUGUAUGAAUCCUUCGACACCCUGACGGAGGACGAAUUAAGUCAGGACGGCGACGCGAGGCGUCGGACGAGCACGCCGUGCGGUGCCGAGCACGGCGACACGCUCCAGCCGCGGGAGGACAAGCGCGACGAGGGCGUCGUUGGGUCAACGGCGUCCCUGGGCGACCUGCCACAAGACGCGGAGGAAAGUCUGUCUGUGGUCGAGGACCCUGGGCCGUCCGAGCGCGGGGAAGUCCUUGCGAACGAAGGACUGAGUGAGAUGACUGAUGUGGGCGAUGACCCUCAGCCGUCAGAGUGCGCCGAAGAGCCGACGGAUGAAAGUCUGUGUGUGAGUCCUGAUCUGGGCGAGGACCGCGGCGAGGACCCCCGGCCGGCCGCGUGCGCGCCGUGCGCGGUGAGGCCGAUUACCGAUGAGGAUGCCGUCGAGGAGCCACACCGCUGCUUGAGGUGCACGGCGCGCUUCGCGCACAUCGAGGACCUCCGCACGCACUUCUCCUCACACAGACGCGUUCUGGCCGAGAAGAAUCAGAGGAGGGAGGAAAAGAGGAAUAAAAAGGAGGAGGAGAAGAGGGAGGACGAGGACGACGAGAAGGAGAGGAAGAGAAUCGAGGAUGGGGAGAAGUGGUGGAGGAGGAUCGAGAAGGAGCAGAAGAGGGAAGCAAAGGAGAGAAAGAGGGAGGAGAAAAAGAUAGAGAGAGAGAAGCUCGGGGAAAAGAAGAAGAGGCAGACGAAGGCAAAGGGCCGCUGGCGGCCUGUGACCUGCAACAGGUGCGUCGGGUCCACGAAGACCUUCGCCACGAGAGAAGCCUUCUUGAAGCACAUCCUUGAAUCACAUUACUGGUUCGCAGAGAAGAUAAGGAAGGAGGAGAAAAAGAGAUGGGAUGAGAGGAGAAAGAGAAAGGAGGAGGAGAAGAACAGGAGAGAAGAAAAGAUUUUGGAGGAUUUGGCAACAAAGAUGAGAAAGGAGAAGAAGAAGAGAAAAAAGAAGAAGAAGGAGAAGAAAGGCGAAAUGAGCUGGUGGCGGCCCGUGGCCUGCAAUAGGUGUGGUGAGGACACAGAGACCUUCCUCACUAGGAGAGCAUAUUUAAAGCACAUCCUUCAGGCGCAUCGGUCAGCAGAUUCAUUCGAAGUGCACUUAGUUGAUUAACUUUGUUUAUUAUGUACGUGUAUAUUCGGGAAAUAGUUUUUAAAAUAACGUUAAAGCUUUUUUUAAAAUUAGGCUAAAUAAGGUUAUUUAUUAUUUUAUCAUUUGAUGAACUAAGUCAGCCUCCGCAAAUCCUUUAAAGAACCGUCAGAUAGUGUUCCCCGUUUACUUCUGUAAUGUACUGUGUUGUGUGCGUGAGGAAAGACAUGUCAAAAUGUAGAUGAGUAUGGGAGAAAACGUUGCUCAGUAAAUACAGUUUUAAAACGCUUCUUAA